AUGACAAACCUACCCCCAACAUACGCGUCGUACGUUGAGCGAACGUAUCAUCUUCACAGAAUCGACUCGAAUCCAAAUGUUGACUACCUAAGACAUCCGAGCGGAGUGAUUGUAAUGCAGCUAGCCGCCUCUCAUCCAGCCUACAAAAGUGGCAUAACUUCGGUCGAUUUCGAUUGCUCGAAAAAUAAAAAAGCCAAGGAUAAGGCCAAACAGAAUGUGGUUGGCAAGGGAAAGAAGGUCAGUUUUAUACAUAUACUGUAACGUCGGAUUGGUAUACUGUAGGAUUGUACUGUAGAGUUGGAUUGAUAAUUUUCUUUGCGGUACAAGAUAGGCUUUCUAUCUUACUUUAGACUAAUUUCUUGACAGCUUAAUAAUAAUGACUUUGUUCUAGGGAGGCCUUCGCCUUCAACCAGAGACCAAGCUCUGUGUCAUAACAUCCGCUGACAAUGAACAACAUACCAUUCGAGCUGGCAUAAAAGCUUUGUUGAUUGAGGUAAACACAAAACUCUUGGACCAACCUGAACUGUUAACGACUUCAAGACAGAAGAAAGGUUUCUUGGCCAUUAUUAUCCCUCCGGCCAUUUUGCAAAAUGAAAAAAACAAAAUUCCAAAUGAAUUUGGACCUCCAACGAGGAUUGGCACUGAAUUACCGGUUGUUAGGUGGACUAGGGAGAAGAAAAAUAGUGCUGAUGGGAAUGGAAAUGGUACUGGCGGUUUUGUGAAUGAGGGGAAGGUUUCUGCUGGUACUGUUGGGAAUGGAAAUGGUACUAGUGGUACUUUAAAUGGAAGGAAUGGUAGAACUGGUACUAAAGAGACUGGUACAAAUGGUACGGAAGGGAAUGGUUAGUUCAUUAACUAUCAUUACUUAUUUUUAUGUGAAAAUAGUACCAAUAGUACUAAAUAUUCUUAUUUUCUUAUGUAUGGUACUCAGGAAACACAUUAGUACUAUUAACACUUUUUAAAGCUAUUACCUGAACCAAUAUUAGUACUGGUGUUAUGAUAAUAUAAAAAAUACGUUUCAUGAAAUUUUAGAAAUGAAACGAGAAGUAAAAGCAGAAAAGAAAGAAGUAGAAGUAAAAGCAGAAGAGAAAAAAGUAGAAGUAAAAGCAGAAGCAAAAGAAGAACCAAUGGAAACGAAUGAAGCGGCAGAAGCAUAA